AUGUCGACAGAUUCUCAUCUCCAGCUUUUCUAUUUGAAACCUGGGACGUACAGAAUUAUCAACGUUAAGGACGGUAAAGCUAUCGAUCUCUCUGGAGCCGAUGGAAAGUCUAUCAUCAGCUACGCUGAGAAAGGAGACUCGAAUCAACUGUGGAUCUUCAAACAUUUGGGAGCCGGCCACUCGAUUCAGAGUGCGUGCAACGGCAUGCACCUGAGUGUCAACCGAAGGAACCCCCUCGGGAACCCGAUCGAAGCCAGUCGUUACCCAGUAAGCUGGGAACUUGACGUGUUUGAUUUCCAGGACAACGUCUACCGUGGCGCUGUGUUUGACGCCAGGGAUUCGGGAAAGGUUACUAGCUCGAUAGCUUUGUUCCACUCGGACCAGCAGGCUCAUUGUGGAUUCUUCUCGCAGAUCGACUUGCAAGAGGAACAGAUGCCGAUCCCUCAAUAUCAGCUUUGGCGCCUCGUCCAAUGUGUAGACCCAUAUCAUUCUACGCCUCAUCGAACCAAGGCUGAACCGGACUAUGGAAGUUUUUCGGAGUGGGAAACAUCAGAACAAACCACCAUUCCUCCCGCAUCAUCAGCAGGGCAUACGAAAGCGGAUACCGUGAUUGACGCAGAGGGCUUGAAGAUUGGUGGAAACGGGGAGAUUGGUAUCACCACUACGACCACUACUACAACAGUCACUCAAGUAAAGCGAUUGAAUGUGGGCUGA